UCUAUAAGGAGACAGUAUCUACUCUGUUGGCCUGGUUACAGCAGUGUGAGGCGAGGCUAACCAUCCCCUCUACAGCCGUCACUGAAUACCCUGUCAUGGAGGGGAGGCUGAAGGAUGUCAAGGUAAUGCAGGUUGCGCUUGCAGAGCACCAGAGGGAGGUGGACUACCUGACGUCUACAGUGGACCAGGUUUUUCAGAAGGCCCCUCCAGAGAUCAGUCACAAGUACAGGACAGAGAUGGACAGCAUCAUGACUCGCUGGAGACGCCUGUCCUCAACGCUAGGGGAACAGGCGACCAAGAUAACAGAGCUUAUGGCUAAAUUACUGCAGUUCCAGAAUGACGUGAAGACUCUGAGGAAGUGGAUGGCUGAUGUUGACGUGUUCCUGAAUGAGGAGUGGCCAGCGCUGGGGGACUCAGAGGCCCUGCAGAAACAGCUGGAGCAGUGCACUGCCCUGGUGAAUGACAUCCACACCAUCCAACCCAGUCUGAACGGCAUCAAUGAGGUGGGCGUGUCUCUGAAGACAGAGGCGGAGCCACCAUUCGCCAUCCAACUGCAGAAGGAGCUCGAUGAGCUGAACGCUAUGUGGGAGAUAAUCUGCAAACAGGCCUAUGCUAAGAAGUCCGCUCUGAAAGGGGGUCUGGACAAGACCAUGAGCCUGAGGAAGGAGAUGGCUGAGAUGCAGGAGUGGAUCACUCAGGCUGAGGAGGACUAUCUGGAGAGAGACUUCACCUACCAGACCCCUGAGGAGCUACGCAAGGCUGUGGAGGAACUCAAGAAGGGUCAAGAGGAGGUCCACUCUAAAGAGCUGAAGGUGAAGCUGCUGACUGACUCUGUGAACAGUUUCAUCUCCAAAGCCCCUCCGGCCGCCCACGAUGCCCUCAAGGCAGAGCUAGUCGUGCUGACCGCUAACUACCAGAGACUCUGCAGCCGCCUGGACGGCAAGUGUAAAACCCUGGAGGAGGUGUGGGCGUGUUGGUGUGAGCUGCUGUCCUACCUGGAGCAGGAGAACGGCUGGCUGGACCAGCUGGAGCAGAAGCUAGAUGAGACAGACAGCAUCCAGGGGGGAGCAGAGGAGCUCUGUGAGGCCCUUGAUGCCCUGGACACAUUGCUGCGUCACCCUGAAGAUGGGAGGAACCAGAUCAGAGAGCUGUCUCAGACCCUGAUGGACGGAGGAGUUCUGGAUCAAAUGAUCCAGCACAAACUAGAUGCCUUCAACACACGCUGGGAUGAACUGAUGCAGAGGGCGGUUCGUCAGCAGCAGCAGCUGGAGAGGAGUGUGCAGUCGGCCCAGGAGAGUGACAAGACGCUGCGUCUCAUCAAUGACUCUCUGGACGCCACCGACCGCCACCUGUCUGCCUACAUCGCUGACCACAUCGACGCAGCACAGAUACCACAGGAGGCACAGAAGAUCCAGACAGAGCUGAAUGGUCACGAGGCGACUCUGGAAGACAUGAAGAAGAAGAAUACAGAGAGAGACCAGUCAGAGAGAGUAGCAGCCCAGAUCCACCUGAUACAGAAGAAACUCCAGGAGGUGUGUGUGAAGUUCAGGCUCUUCCAGAAACCUGUGAACUUCGACCAGCGUCUCUCAGAGUGUGAGAGGGUUCUCUGGGAUGUGAAGGCACAGCUGGGGGUGUUGGACAUACGCAGCGUGGAACAGGACGUGGUGCAGUCACAGUUGGAACAAUGCAUGAAGUUGUAUAAGAGUUUGAGUGAGGUGAAGUUGGAAGUAGAGACAGUGAUAAAGACAGGAAGACAGAUCGUUCAGAGACAGCAGACGGAGAAGCCUAAAGAGCUGGACGACAGACUCACUGCCCUCAAGCUGCUCUAUAAUCAACUGGGCGCGCAGGUGACGGAGGGAAAACAGGAACUGGAGAAGAGUCUGAAGUUGUCCAGGAAACUGCGUAAGGAGUUGAACAGCCUGACAGAGUGGCUAGCUGCUACGGACGCUGAGCUGACUAGGCGGUCUGCUGUGGAGGGGAUGCCCGGUGAUCUAGAGGCUGAGCUGGACUGGGCCAAGGCAACCCAGAAGCAGACAGAGAAGCAUGCUCCCCAGUUAAAGGCUGUAGUGGAGUUGGCUGAAGCCUUGAAGGCAGUGCUGAGAGGUCAGGAGAGCCUGGUGGAUGACAAGGUCCAGCUACUCAACUGUAACUGGGUCGCUGUCACCUCCAGGAGUGAGGAGUGGUUAAAGCUGCUGCUGGACUACCAGAGCCAGGUGGAGACGUUAGAUGUGAAUAUGAAGGUGAUAAAGGAGUGGAUGGAGGGAGCAGAGAAAGAGAUGGACCAGAUAGAGAACCAGGGACCCAACGACCCUGUCCUCAAGGGUCUGCGUGGGGACUUGGAGGUGAUGCAUAGUAAGGUGGAGGCGGUGCGGGUGCUAGGCCGGGGUCUGCUGGGGACUCGUGGGGAACACUGCCAGGCACAGCUGGGGCCCAAACUGGAAAAGCUCAACCAGCGCUUUGACAGCAUCGCACAGCGCAUCACUGCAGGACAGGCGGCAGCAUCAGCAGUGGAAGUGGAGCAGUUCCACAGUGAAGCUAAGAUCUGGCUGGACCUGCUGGAGGAAGAAGAGAAACAGGGAGAGAACCUCAAGGAGGAAGAUUUCACAGGACAGGACGGGAACUGUGAGGAGGGGGCAGUGAAGGAGCUGCUGCUGAAAGGACAGAAGCUACAGAGGAGAGUUCCAGACCUGGACAAGAAAGAACAGAUCAGAAUCAAACACAAUCAGCUCAACACUAAAUACAACAGUGUCAUGGACCUGCGUGGUGUGAGGAGGAGGAAGGCCCUGGCGAUAGCCCCCCAGUGGUACCAGUACCGUAGGAAGACUGAUGACCUUCUCCAGUGGCUGGACGACAUUGAGAGGAGCGUGGCUGAACUUCCUGAUCCAGCAGAGGAACAGAGGGUUAAGGAGAUUGGCUCAGAGUUCGAUGAGAAGAGUGAGGAUCUGAAAGAGGUGCAGGGAUUGGCCAAAGCGCUGUCAGACGCAGGGGCGACCUCGCUGGUGCAGCCCCGCCUCCUCCAGCUCAACACACGCUGGCAGGAGGUGGAGGCUAAAUUCACCCCCUACCGCCGACAAAGUGAGUACCUAGGAGAGCUGCAGACCCUGCUGCGUUCCGUCUCUGAGACAGACUUCCAACUGAACUCUCCUGAGUACUGGCAGGCCGUCUUCUACAACCUACCCCAGCAGGGACAGUGCCUUCAGGAGGUGAAGGUGAAUCUGAAGAACCUCCGCCCCCCUGUAGAGGGCGCUCUAGCCAGGAGAGAGGAGGUGGUGGCCAUCGCUACUCCAGCAGAGAGCACCAGGGUCCAGGAGACAGCUCUGCUGCUCAACACUAACUGGGACAAAGUCAACAAGCUGUACCUGGACAGGCUCAGACGCUGGGAGACGUCGAAUGCUAAGUGGCUGAAGUUCAUAGCGGACCAGAAGGUGCUUGGUGAUUGGUUGAGUGGGGCGGAGACCACUCUGAAACAGGCGAAGACAGACCCUGCUGGGACCAGACCACACCUUAAGGAGCUGCAGGAGAGCGUGGGGGCCCAGGGGGGUGUGGUGGCAGGGCUGAACGCUGCAGGGAAGGAGAUCAUUGGUCAGAGUACCCAGGAGGGCGGAGCUCAGAUCAGGCUACAGCUCAACACCCUCAACACACGCUGGGUGAACGUCACCCAGGAGAUCGCAGAGAGGAAGAGGAGGUCUGCAGAGGCACGUACUGCAGCAAUGGGGCUGCAGGAGGACAUGGGGGAGUUCCUGUCCUGGCUGGAUGAGGCUGAGGAGGUAGUGGCCAUCCCCCUGACGCCUGGAGAUCACCACCAGAUGAACGCCACCCUGGAGAAAGUCACGGCUCGUGUGUUGGAACUACCAGCCAGACAGGACAAUGUGGAUACCAUCAACACGAGGACCGGCACCGUACCCCUCCCUGCUGACAAACAGAAAGAAAUCAAGAUGAUCAACACACGCUGGGUACAGGUGUCUAAAAACCUGCCUGAGAAGCAGAAGCAGAUUGAGAGCUUGCUGAAGGAGCUGUCUCACUUCCAGGACCAGCUGACUUACCUCUCCUCGUGGACCUCAACCACCAGGACCACCCUAGAGGAAAACCCUGACAAUGUGGAACCCAAGCUCAUAGAUGAAGUCCAGGUCAAGAAGCCUGAGGUGGAGGGGGUGUUGGCUAAGGGCCAGGAGCUGUACAAGGACACACCUCCCAGCCAACCAGAGAAGGAGAAGUACCACAGUCUGAGUGAUGAUUGGAGGGCCAUUCAGGGGCAAAUGAUAGUACACCGAGAGAGGCUGGCCGCUCUGAGGAUCCAGAAAACCACCAUUGAGACCCUCCAGGGAGACUCCCCAGCCCUGGCUCAGUUCAACAAGGCCUGGGCAGAGCUCUCUGAUUGGCUUUCCCUGCUGGAUCAGAUGGUACAGACACAGAGGGUGACUGUGGCCGACCUGGACGACAUCAACCACAUGAUCGUCAAGACCAAGGGAGCACUGGGGGACAUGGAGCGGCGGCGCCCCCAGCUGGAGGGUCAGCUGACUGUAGCCCAGAACCUGAAGAACAAAACUAACAACCAGGAGACACGAGCUGCUAUCACCGACCGCAUUGACAGGUUGCAGACCCACUGGGAGGAGUCACAGGGCAGACUGGCUGAUAGACAUCAACAGCUACAGAACAUGCUGCAGGACUCCUCUGAUUGGUUGGACGCCAGGAAGGAGGUGGAACCUCUCAUCAAACGAGCCAAUGACAAGCUGGAGUCGUGGCAGGAUAUUUCCUACACCAUGGAUGCUCUGAAGAAGCAAAACACUGACCUCAAGCUGUUUGUGAAGGAGCUGCACCAGUGGCAGGGUCAGGUGGACGUGACCAAUGACCUGGCAGGGAAGCUGUUAACCCUUUACACCACCGACCACACACACAAGGUCACACAGAUGACCGACGCCAUGAACGUUACCUGGGAGCACAUCAACAAACGUGUCGGGGACCGUGAGGCGGCUCUGUCAGCUGCUCUGAGGCUGCUGCAGCAGUUCUACCUGGAUCUGAAGGAGUUCCUCAACUGGCUGACGGAGGCAGAGACCACCUGUAACGUCCUGCUGGACGCAUCACACAAGGAGAGGCUGCUGGAAGACCCUGAGGCUGUACGACACCUGCUGAGGCAGUUCCAGGACCUCCAGGGGGAGAUAGAUGGCCACACAGAACUGUACCACUCUCUGGAUGAGAAUGGUCAGCGUAUCGUGACCUCUCUGACCGGCUCAGACGAUGCCGUACUCCUACAGAGCCGACUGGACAACAUGGGCCAGCGCUGGGACGAGCUCCGCAGCAAAACCAUGAGUAUGAGAUCUCACCUGGAAGGGGAAAUGGCUCCAUGGAAGCGGAUACACAUGACCCUUCAGGAGCUGAUAGCCUGGCUGCAGAUGAAGACUGACCUGCUGGAGCAGGAACCACCAGUAGGGGGCGACGUCCCUGCUGUGCAACAACAGCUGAACACACACAGGAGCUUCAGGAGAGAUGUGAGGGCCAAGGGCCCGGUGGUUAACGGGGCUCUGGACCAGGUUCAGAUCUUCCUGUCUGAGCUGCCUGCUGAGAGGGAGCCACAGCUUCUCCAGAGAGACAUCAGUCCAGAGGAGCGUGCCCAGAACGUGGGGCGUGUCUUGCGAAAGGAGGCGGAGGAUGUGGCGUCCGGGUGGGAGGGGCUUAACGAGGAGGCUGCUGAUUGGCAGAGGAGGCUGGAGCUGGCUCUGGAUAGGCUGUUGGAGCUUCAGAAGGCCCAGGACCAGCUGGAGCUGAGGCUGAGCCAGGCUGAGAUGGUGAAGGAGGCCUGGGAGCCUGUAGGAGACCUGCUCAUAGACUCACUACCUGAACACAUCGACAGGGUCAAGGCGUUCCAGGCAGAGAUAGCUCCUAUCAAAGACGAUGUGAGUCACGUCAACAACCUGGCCUCUACCUUCGGCCCUCCGGACCUCGUCCUCUCACGACCCAACCUGGACAGACUGGAUGACCUCAACACACGCUGGAGGAUGCUACAGAUCUCCAUCAAAGAUCAUCUGAAGCAGCUGACAGAUGCUCAGAGGGAUUUUGGCUCUCUGCAGGGUUCUGUUCAAGGUCCAUUUGAGCAGGCGGUCUCACCCAAUAACGUGCCCUACUACAUCAAAGAGAAAACACCAGAAGUCCUGGCCCAGACCAUCUAUGACCACCAGACACAGACAACAUGCUGGGACCAUCCCAAGAUGGCCGACCUCUACCAGUCUCUGGCCGACCUGAACAACGUGCGUUUCUCAGCCUACCGGACAGCCAUGAAGCUGAGGCGCCUGCAGAAAGCUCUCUGUCUGGACCUCCUGGGUAUGCCCGCAGCGUGUGAGGUCUUUGAGCAACAUGGCCUGAAGCAGAAUGAGCAGCUGAUGGACAUCAUGCAGGUGAUGACGUGUCUGACCAGCCUCUAUGAGAAACUGGACCAGCAGCAUGGGAACCUGGUCAACGUCCCGCUGUGUGUCGACAUGUGUCUCAACUGGCUACUCAAUGUUUACGACACAGGAAGAAGUGGAAAAAUCAGAACUCUGUCCUUCAAAACCGGCAUCAUCUCACUCUGCAAAGCACACCUGGAGGACAAAUACAGAUUCCUGUUCCGCCAGGUAGCCAGUGCUACAGGGUUCUGUGACCAGCGGAGGCUGGGUCUUCUCCUCCAUGAUUCCAUCCAGAUCCCCCGUCAGCUGGGAGAGGUGGCCUCCUUCGGGGGCUCCAACAUCGAGCCCAGCGUCCGCAGCUGCUUCCAGUUUGCCAAUAACAAGCCAGAGCUGGAAGCUGCUAUGUUCCUGGACUGGAUGCGUCUGGAGCCUCAGUCGAUGGUGUGGCUGCCUGUAUUACACCGUGUGGCGGCUGCUGAGACAGCCAAACACCAGGCCAAGUGUAACAUCUGCAAGGAGUGUCCUAUCAUCGGCUUCAGGUACCGAAGCUUAAAGCAUUUUAACUAUGACAUCUGCCAAAGCUGCUUCUUCUCUGGUCGUGUGGCUAAGGGACACAAGAUGCAAUACCCCAUGGUCGAGUACUGUACACCGACUACGUCAGGGGAGGAUGUGAGGGACUUUGCCAAGGUACUGAAAAACAAAUUCAGGACCAAACGAUACUUCGCCAAGCACCCCCGUAUGGGCUACCUCCCUGUGCAGACCAUCCUGGAGGGGGACAACCUGGAGACUCCUGUAACUCUGAUCAACUUCUGGCCGGUAGAUCAUGCGCCUGCGUCCUCCCCCCAGCUUUCCCAUGACGACACCCAUUCACGCAUCGAGCAUUACGCCAGCCGGUUAGCUGAAAUGGAGAACCGUAAUGGAUCUUAUCUGAAUGACAGUAUCUCACCCAAUGAGAGCAUUGAUGAUGAACACCUGUUGAUUCAGCACUACUGUCAGAGUCUGAACCAGGGCUCUCCCCUCAGCCAGCCACGCAGCCCUGCCCAGAUCCUCAUCUCCAUGGAGAGUGAGGAGAAGGGGGAGCUGGAGCGGGUGCUCAACGACCUGGAGUCAGACAACAGGAAGCUACAGGCUGAGUAUGACAAGUUGAAGAAGGCCCACGACCACAAGGGUCUGUCCCCGCUCCCCUCACCCCCGGAGAUGCUGCCCGCUUCGCCCCAGAGCCCCCGGGACGCCGAGCUGAUCGCCGAGGCCAAACUGCUGAGGCAGCACAAAGGACGGCUGGAGGCUCGCAUGCAGAUCCUGGAGGACCAUAACAAACAACUGGAGUCACAGCUACACCGGCUCAGACAGCUACUGGAACAGACUGACUCCAAGGUGAACGGUACAGCCCUGUCCUCUCCCUCCACCUCGUCCCAGCGCUCGGACACCAGUCUGCCUCUGAUGCGUGUAGCAGGCAGCCAGACUACAGAGACUAUGGGUGACGAUGAGCUGUCGAGUCCGUCCCAAGAUGCAUUGGGGCUAGAGGAGGUGAUGGAGCAGCUAAACAACUCCUUCCCACACAGCCAAGGACUGAGUGUAGGCAGUCUGUUCCACAUGGCAGAUGACCUGGGUCGAGCCAUGGAGUCAUUGGUCAACGUGAUGACGGACGAACAGAACGGCGAGUAGCGGCAGACGAGGGCCCGCCCCUUACCCACUCCCCAACCAACCCCCCCCCCCCCCGCAUGCUUUUCUAGUCAAAACAACUGGAUUGGACACGUUUACAAAGAGAAAAAUACAUAUAUUUUUGUGAAGGAUCAGCAUUACAAAACUUGUAGAUUUCAGUAGUUUCUUAAACGUAUUGAAAAUGGUUUUAUUAACAAAAGGCAGGUUUUUAAACUUCUAUGCAAUUGUAUAAAAAAAUAAGAGAAAGGAAAAAGUAUGUGUAAAUCUUGUGAACGUAUUUCCAUGUCUUUGUAUGGAGCGCAUUUCACAACAUUUGUAUCAAAAAGAAAGAUUGUAAACAUAAGGGUGCUUUAUAUUACAAAACUAUGUUUAUUAUAACAACAAAACAUGAUAUACUGUAAAGGCAAUGCAGUCGUCCUGUGCCCUUUCAGCGUAGAGAGACUGACUGUGUGUAUGUAUGCACGUUUGUGUGUGUCUUGGUACGCAAGGAUGUGUGUGUGUGUGCGUGUGACGUGUGUGAAGGUAAUCUAUUUUCCACAUUGCAUUAUAGCUUUUGCUUUGGGCUGAUACACCUUUUGUUGUUUAUCAAACCAUCCAUCCAUCCAUAGGUCAUAGGUCAUCUUUUUCUUUAGUAGUGUCUGUUUGAUGAUCAUAAUAUGAUUCUAUGCCCUUUGCCCGCAUUCACCGCAGCUCUGGUCCACUCCUAUGUGUUGAAUCUACCAUGAGGACCCAUAGAGCACAUACUGAAAGGGCCAAUCUGGGAUAUUAACAGCCGUUAUUGUUGUUUUUCAAAUUAAGGAUUGGGCCUUUAACACUGACAGAAAGAAAGUAAUAGUGCUGUUUUAAUAGCUAUUCAUAGUGCUUUUGUAGGAUUAUGGAAUUUAAUUUAAUACCAUUUAAAAUAGAGCUACGGUACAGUGUGACAUUCAGCUGUUUGUAAUCCUGAGAUGAUUUUAUUGAUUUGAAAUCUAUUUGAUUUGAUCUGAGUUCUCUCCUAGUGUGAUUGGGAGUGUUUUAAGAUACAAGUGUAUGAUUCUAGAACGCCCGGUAAUGCAAGCUCUACCUCGUUUUAAUUGGUCAAAACCCAACUUUCACAUUCUUUUUCAUUCUGAUCCAUCCCCUAUUUCCCUUCCUAAGAAGGUGCAGAAAAUAUUCUACUGUAGCUGGAUGCCAUCUUAAAGAAUCCAUCCAUGUUUUGAAAUGGAGGAGUGACUCCCUCCAGAUACGUACACUGUAGUGUCCUCAGCAUAGCUGGAUGCCAUCUUAAAGAACCCAUCCAUGUUUUGAAAUGGAGGAGUGACUCCCUCCAGAUACGUACACUGUAGUGUCCUCAGCAUAGCUGGAUGCCAUCUUAAAGAACCCAUCCAUGUUUUGAAAUGGAGGAGUGACUCCCUCCAGAUACGUACACUGUAGUGUCCUCAGCAUAGCUGGAUGCCAUCUUAAAGAAUCCAUCCAUGUUUUGAAAUGGAGGAGUGACUCCCUCCAGAUACGUACACUGUAGUGUCCUCAGCAUAGCUGGAUGCCAUCUUAAAGAACCCAUCCAUGUUUUGAAAUGGAAUGACUCCCUCCAAUCUGAAUGUGUUCAGAUACAGACACUGUACUGUCCUCAGCGGUUCAUUAAGACAUAGAAAUGAAAUGUCAGACAUGUUAAGGAAACUGGACCAGGGUGCACUACUGUUAUUCAUCCUGGACAGACUAGAGUUGAUCUUCUGUGUGAUAAUGCAUUUGUUUUGUUUCAUUUGUGUGUUCCUUUAUGGAAUUGCAUGCUGUGGGGCGUCAGUGUGUGUGAGAUCACAGUUGAUUAAAUAUUCCCAUGCUUAUUUAAAAUCCAACCAAUUGAAGGUAUUCUUCAUGAUUAUAUUAUAGUUUCAUGACAACACCUUUGUAUUUGUUUUUGCACCAUGGUAUAGCAGCAUGAUCAAAGAUAAUGAUUCAUUAAUCCAAUACACUGCGUUAUUCAUUUCUAACCCUGGAGUUGUAUUAUCCAUCUUUUUCAAUAACUCAUUUAUUUCACAACAUAUCAAAUUCCACCAAAUAUAUGCCUUACUACUGUAUUAUAAAAUGCUUUACUGUGUCUAUCAAUAAAGCGGUGAUGUUGACUUGA